CGCAGGGCGAGUCGCGGAGGCGCCGCGCUGCAGUGGCUGCAUCUCCGAGCAACAUGGCUGAUAGCAAGGCCAAGCCUGCCAAAGCAGCCAACAGGACACCCCCCAAGUCCCCAGGGGACCCUGCCAGGGACAAGGCGACCAAGAGGCUGUCACUGGAAUCAGAGGGCGCCAGCGAGGGGGCGGCCGCUGCCCCAGAGCUCAGUGCGCUGGAGGAGGCCUUCCGGCGGUUCGCGGUCCAUGGGGACACCCGGGCCACUGGGAAGGAGAUGCACGGCAAGAACUGGUCCAAGCUGUGCAAGGACUGUCACGUGAUUGACGGGAAGAACGUGACCAUCACCGAUGUGGACAUCGUCUUCAGUAAGAUCAAAGGGAAGUCCUGCCGGACCAUCACCUUCGAGCAGUUCCAGGAGGCGCUGGAGGAGCUGGCCAAGAAGCGAUUCAAGGACAAGAGCAGCGAGGAGGCCGUUCGCGAGGUGCACCGGCUCAUUGAGGGCCGUGCGCCUGUCAUCUCAGGGGUCACGAAAGCCGUGUCCUCGCCCACCGUGUCGCGGCUCACGGACACGACCAAGUUCACGGGCUCCCACAAGGAGCGCUUCGACCCAUCGGGCAAGGGCAAGGGCAAGGCUGGCCGCGUGGACCUGGUGGAUGAGUCAGGCUACGUGCCUGGCUAUAAACACGCAGGCACCUAUGACCAGAAGGUGCAGGGGGGCAAGUAGCUGCACGACACCCUGGAGACGCUGGGGACGCGUGAGGCGCGUGCCCGACUGGCACCCCGUCCCACUUCAUCACAUUCCUUUGCACACUGGGCAGGACUCAUGGACCUUGGCCUUGCCUGCUGGGAAGGGGACACCCAGGCUACCUCCUGCCCGGCAACACCUCUCAGACCCAGGUUUGGGUCCUGAUUCACUGACCCUUCCUAACACAGUUGUCUCGUCCAGAACUGGGAAGUGGAUGGUCCUUUUCAAAUUGUCCCCCGGGACUGUGCCACACUGGAUACCUGCUUGCAGGGAAAGGGGCAUUUUGGGAGCUGUUAGGUGUGGGAACAAGUGGGGCAGACCCUGUCAGAGGCCCUACUGACCUUCUGACACCUUCUAGGAGCCUCUUAGGCAGUAGGAGUUAACAAACUAACCAACAGCACAAAUAAAACUGCUACCCCAGCAGGACGCAGGCAGUGUCCGAGGCGCCCCACGAGCCGGGGCCACAGCCCUUCACGCUUUCCUGGCAGGGCGUGUGGCAGUGCCUGUGGACAGG